CUGGGGCCGAUAUGUCCGCAUCUGACAUUCAAUAUCCUUCCUGACACCUGAAAUAUUCCAGUACGAACUGCUGCACCUCUUCCUCGUUGUGACAUUCAGCUCUUGCAUCGUUAUUCAGCAUUGUGCCAAAGUGUUGGUGGUGUCUGCAGCGCUACAAGUCAAUCAUUCCCCAGAUUCCAAGAACGUCAACAAACAACCUGACAGCCGAACCAACUCCAACCCUACAGAGAAUCUCUACCCGGCGCAUCUACGUCUCUCGUUAUACAGAGGUCUAUAGUCCUUACCUGGUCCACAUCACCAGCGAAUCGAACAAUUUCCCUGCCUCUCUUUACACGCCAUCUGUACCCCAAUGGCCGACUUCCAGACUUCCACCGAGGCAUCCCUUCUCUCGACAUCAAACCCACCCUCAGAGUCUACAGCAACAGCUCCCACACCUACAACCACAGCAGUGAACGGAGAAGCAAAGACAAACGGCGUCGUCGCCACACUAGCAGCAGCCUUCUCACAAACCUCUAAAACGACUGACGCAGAUGACCAGCCGCUAUUCUCAAACUCCCUGAUCAGUCCCGAAGUCUCGUCCAUUCUACCAGAGGGCUACACAGUUCGGCCCUUGCGACGGAGCGACUACACGAAUGGCUUCCUCGACACCCUCCGCGUGCUGACCACGGUCGGGGAACCCACGCUCGCCGAAUUCAACGCCCGUUACGACUUCAUGUACUCCCGUAACGACACGUACUACAUCCUCGUCAUCUGCAACGAGUCCGGCACGGUCGUCGGCACGGGCGCGGUGAUAGUCGAACGCAAAUUCAUCCACAAUAUGGGGCUGGUCGGACAUAUUGAGGACAUUGCGGUCGCCAAGAACCAGCAGGGCAAGAAGUUGGGUUUGCGCAUCAUCCAGGCACUGGACUAUGCUGCGGAAAAGGUCGGCUGUUACAAGUGCAUUCUGGAUUGCAGCGAGGCGAAUGAGGGAUUCUAUGUCAAGUGUGGGUUCAAGAGGGCGGGUUUGCAAAUGGCGCAUUAUUACGAGGCCAAUAAUGCUAAGACGAGUUUAUGAGCGCUCAUUUGGCCUGAGUUUUCAAAGAGCUGGAGUCUUGGAGAGCGUUCUGGAAGUACGUGGACAGAGCAGGAGUGUUUCAUUCCCUGCCCGGGCGUUUUGCACCGACACUCCAAGGUUCCGUGCAGGAGUCUGGUUACACUGAAGGAAGCGUUCCGCUUUCAGCUGACUCACGAGGUCCAUGGGAGUGACUGUCAAAGAGCUGGCGCAAAUCGGAUCUGACGCGGAAUGAAGGGAUAGAGAAAAGGCAAGGAAAUCUCGCAGCAAGGGCAAGAAAGCCCGACCUCUCGAGGCAGUUUCUGGUCGGAGCCACCACCCCCUUGCACGCAAUGUAAGAUACGGAAGAUUUCGGAUUUCUGAUAGAUAAUAUACUAG